AGCCAAAGAGUAUAGUGUUUCAUACCCCAAAUUUUCCCUGACAGGAGAAAGAAAGAUGGUAAUUGGAGAGUCAUGGGCUCAAAUAGGAUCAACCAUUGCUGGUUUGAUGUUUGCUUUAGCUACAUUACAACAGUUUUUCCCUCUCCAACUUCGAGUCACUCUUGAACAGUUUGUUUUAGCCACCCUUCAGCAGUUUUCUUUUGUCCAAAAGUUUUGUGAUAAGUUGGUUAAUUUUUUCUCACCAUAUAUCACGAUCACAUUUCCUGAAUACUCUGGUUACUGGAGCAACCAAGCUUACACUGCCAUUGAAACAUAUGUUGGGGCCAGAUCAACCACCGAAGCUUCACAGCUCAAAGGUAGCCUGAUCAGAAAUAGUAAGGCUCUUGUCCUGACAAGAGAUGACAGGAAGGUCUCUGAUGAAUUUGAUGGGGUCAAGGUCUGGUGGGUUUCAGGCUCUUCCACUUCUACUAGUUCCGAGGACAAGUAUUACCAGCUCAUCUUCCAUAGACGUCACCGUGAUUUGAUCACAGGGCCAUACCUGGAUUAUGUUCUGGAAGAAGGCAAGGCGAUCGAGGCCAGGAAUAAGCAGAGAAGGCUUUACACCAAUAAUCCUAGUGAGAACUGGAGUUCUUACAAGAAGAACUUGUGGAGUGACAUACCUUUUGAGAACCCUGCAACAUUUCAGACAUUAGCAAUGGAUCCUAAGAAGAAGGAAGAAAUCAUCAAUGACCUGGUAACAUUUAGUAAAGGAAAAGAUUAUUAUACCAAGCUUGGGAAGCCUUGGAAACGAGGGUAUCUCCUCUAUGGUCCACCUGGAACCGGUAAGUCCACCAUGAUUGCUGCCAUGGCUAAUCUUUUGAAUUAUGAUAUCUAUGAUCUUGAGUUGACAACAGUUAAAAACAACACUGAGCUCAGGAAGCUAUUGACUGAAACAUCAAGUAAGUCUAUAAUUGUGAUUGAGGAUAUAGAUUGCUCCCUGGAUGUAACUGGUCAGAGAAACAAGGAAAGAGCAAAAAGCAGUGAAAAUUUGGGGCAUGAUCUGAAUUGUAAAAGAGAGAAGGAAUCUGAAAAUGAAAAGACCAGUAAAGUUACACUCUCUGGACUAUUGAAUUUUAUUGAUGGUACUUGGUCAGCUUGUGGAACUGGCAGGAUCUUAGUGUUCACUACUAAUCAUGUAAACAAGCUUGAUCCAGCUCUAAUUCGCCGAGGGCGAAUGGAUUUGCAUAUUGAGCUGUCAUAUUGCAGUUUUGAAGCAUUCAAGACACUAGCCAGGAAUUACUUGGAUCUUGAUUCACAUGACUUGUUUGAAAACAUUGGCAUUUUGUUGAAGGAAACAGACAUGACUCCAGCUGAUGUUGCAGAGAACUUGAUGCCAAAGCGUGAGAAGAAAGAUCCAGAUUCUUGUUUAGAGAGCCUGAUUCAAGCUCUUGAGGUUGCCAAAGAAAAUGCAAAGUUGAAAGCUGAUAAAGGAAAGGCACUCAAGGUCAAGAAAGAAGGAAGAACCAAUAAAUUUUAUACUGGUUUGAUUAAGAAAAGAUGGCUGUUCUAGGCUUAAUUGAUGACUCCAAUCAGAUUAAAAAUUUAGUUAAUUUCAGCUUCUCAUGUUUAGUGUUUUUGCAUAUUUCAUUCUGGCUAGGCUUAAAAUUGACUAUGAACAUAUGCGAGCUAUAUAUCAAGUAAAAAAAACGAUAACCUUUUCCAUUAUGUUGAUAUUUUGUCAUUUCACAAACAGAUUUGUGCCAGUGAAAAGGCAGGGUGAAUAUGAUUCCAAAAGCUUUAGUGAUAGAAUUACACUUGUCUCCAAAAACAGAUGGUCUGAUUUGCC